AUGUCACCGUCACACAUGUCCAUGGAAACGGAAGCCGCGUCUCACGAUUCCGUAAACGAGAACUGCAAGAUGCAGCAGCGGCGGCGAGGCGAGUUGGUCGUGAACGGUUACUUCGUAUACACACGACGCAAGAGGAUCGAGCAUCAUUCCGAUAACGAGAUAGUGAAAAGACUCAGAACCGAAGAAAAUGAAGAAGCUAAAGCGGAAAUUGACUCCGGUGUGGCAGAGAAGAACAACACCGUCGUUUUAUGGACUUCGAAACGGCAGCGGCGGCCGUCGUUUAAGCUUAAGGUUGAUUCACAAGAAGAUAAUACGUCUGCUGACAAGGCUGCUGCUGUUUGUAGUACGAAGAGCGUCGUCGCUAACGAGAAGCUAAUGACUGUGAAGGAGCUCUUCGAUACUGGUUUGCUCGAUGGUGUUCCGGUUGUUUACGUCGGUUGCAAGAAGGAGGCUUCAGAUUCGGGAUUGCAGGGUGUAAUUGCUGGUGGGGGGAUAUUGUGCUCGUGCUGUCUGUGCAAUGGACGCAGAGUUAUUCCUCCUUCCAAAUUUGAGAUUCAUGCCUGCAAAAUAUAUAAAAGGGCAACACAGUAUAUUUGCUUUGAAAAUGGGAAGAGUCUGCUUGAGCUAUUGGGAGUAUGCAGGACUGCUCCCUUACAUACUUUGGAGACCACCAUUCAAAAUUUUCUUUGUAUACCGCCUGAAGAGAAGUAUUUUACUUGCAGGAGCUGCAGAGGGUGUUUCCCUGUUUCAACUGUGAAAAGAGUGGGGCUUAUAUGCCAUUCUUGUGCGGAAACAAGCAAGUCUGAAGACGGUUCUAUUCGUGCAGUUGGCAAAAGAGUCAGGACUCCCCGACCAUAUCUGUUCUCUAGUCCAUCUAGUAUUUCUGAAACAAGUAUUUCUUCACAAACUAAGAGACAACAGAAGAAGAAAACGAAGUCAUCAAAACGGGUUAGCAUGACAAAAUCUUCCAAGAAGAGUGCUUCUGUGCCUAUUAUCCAGAAGAAUAGUUUGUGCAGCAUGGAAACAAAGUCAUCAAAACUGUUAGUCAAGUUUAAGAUUGCUCCAAUUACUUCAAAUUCAAAAUGUUCAUCUCCACAAAAUAAGAGUCAGUGGAGGAUCAAUAAGAAGCAUCAGCGAUUGCAUAAAUUAAUUUUUGAAGAAGAUGGAUUGCCUGAUGGAGCUGAAGUAGCUUAUUAUGCACGCGGACAGAAAUUUCUUGAGGGUAUAAAAAAGAAAUCCGGAAUUAUUUGUCGAUGCUGCAACACUGAGAUCAGCCCCGCACAGUUUGAAAUUCACGCAGGGUGGGCUUCUCGCAGGAAGCCUUAUGCAUACAUCUACACGUCGAACGGGGUGUCUCUCCAUGAGUUGGCAUUAUUCCUCUCAAAAGAUCGCAAAUGCACUGCAAAAUAUAAUGAUGAUGCAUGCAUUGUUUGUUGGGAUGGUGGAAAUCUAUUGCUCUGUGAUGGAUGCCCAAGGGCAUUUCAUAAAGAAUGUGCGUCUGUAUCAAGUACUCCACGUCGUGGCCGGUACUGUCCAAUUUGUCAACACAUGUUCCUUGGAGAAGGAUCUGUGGCUCUCAAUCCUGAUGCUGUGGCGGCUGGAAGGAUUGAAGGAGUUGAUCCUAUAGAACAGAUUGCCAAGAGAUGCAUUCGGAUAGUGAAAGAUAUUGAAGCUGAAAUUGGUGGAUGUGCUUUAUGCAGGGGUUCUGACUUCAGCAAAUCAGGAUUUGGUCCACGCACAAUAAUAAUAUGUGAUCAGUGUGAAAAGGAAUAUCACGUGGGCUGUUUGAGGGAUCAUAAAAUGGCAUAUUUGAAGGAAUUGCCGGAAGGGGACUGGCUUUGUUGCAACGAUUGCACAAGAAUACAUUCUAUUUUGGGGAACCUUCUAGUUAGGGUGGCUGAGAGACUCCCUGAAUCUCUUUUGGAUGUUAUAAAGAAAAAGCAAGAGGAAAGAUAUUUGGAACCCCUUAAUGAGAUUGAUAUAAGAUGGAGGCUUGUUAAUGGCAAAGUUGCUUCUCCUGAAACCAGGCCGUUGCUUUUAGAGGCCUUGUCUAUAUUUAACGAAUGUUUUGAUCCUAUAGUUGAUGUAGCUACUGAACGGGACCUUAUUCCUUCUAUGGUUUAUGGAAGGAAUUUGCAGACUCAGGAUUUUGGAGGAAUGUAUUGUGCAUUAUUAAUUGUCAAUUCAUCUGUGGUAUCUGCGGGCAUGCUUCGGAUUUUUGGGAGAGACAUUGCAGAGCUUCCUUUAAUUGCUACAAGAUACAAAAACCGUGGAAAGGGCUACUUCCAAACACUGUUCUCGUGCAUUGAAAGGCUGCUGGCUUUCUUGAAUGUGAAGAACCUUGUGCUACCAGCAGCUGAAGAAGCAGAAUCCAUAUGGAAAAAUAAAUUUGGGUUUAGCAGGAUGAAAUUUGAGCAGCUUACCAACUAUAGAAAGAACUGCCAACAGAUGAUGGCAUUCAAAGGAACAGUUAUGCUUCACAAAACAGUACCUUUAUGUCGGGUAAUCAAUAGUGAGAAAUGA